GGUAGGAUGUUCAUAUAAUUGCAUGAGUUGAGCUGGAUUCCCCCAUCUCCCUUCCCCUCUUAUUCCCAAACAAAUGGCCAAGCUUUCUUCACCCAUUUUCCCAAAUAUGAAAAAUGUGUGUUACACAUUCUGAUAGCCUUGGAUAUCUCAUAUUUAAAUUCCUAAACAUUCUUGGACUUGAGGAAGAGUUUGGAUUGCUUUGAAAGCUUGCCACUCAUUUAAUCCAAUGGAAGGUUCCACAAUACCAACCAAACUGAAAAAACAUGUUGCUGUCUUGGCAUUCCCAUUUGGCUCCCAUCCUCUGUCUCUUCUCGACCUAGUCAAGAAGCUAGCAAUGGCAGUCCCAGACAUACAGUUUUCAUUCUUCAACUUAGCGAACUCCAACAACUAUCUUUUCUCAGCAUCCGAAGCCAAUAAUCUCCCUAGUAACAUAAAACCCUACAGUGUUGGAGAUGGAGUGCCCGUAAAUCAUGUCUUUUCAGGACAUCCAAUAGAAAGAUUGGACCUAUUCAUAAAAGCCACCCCAGAGAACUACAAAAAAGGACUUGAAUUAGCAGUGGCAGAGAUGGGUCAAAUCAAUUGCUUGAUAACAGAUGCUUUCUUGGCUUUUGCAGGUGCAAUGGCUAAUGAUUUUAAUGUUUCUUGGAUUCCAGUUUGGAUGCCUGUCCCCCAUUCUCUCUCUGUGCAUAUAUAUACUGACACACUACGUCAGUACUAUUUCACUUCUGGUGAUGGUAAGAAUGGUAAUGAUAGAACUAAGGAGUCGAAAACCCUAGAAAAUAUUCCUGGUUUAGCUGAAAUAAGAGUUGAGGAUUUACCUGAUGAAAUUAACGAAGAAACUCUAUUAUCUUGCAUGUUAGGUCAAAUGGGUCAUGUGCUUCCACAAGCUACUGCUCUUGCAAUGAAUUUUUACCAAGAACUAUACCCUAAAAUGCUGGGGUAUGAUCUUAAAUCCAAGAUUCCGAUAAUGCUUAAUGUGGGUUUUGUCACCCUAACAAUGCCACCGCCACCAUUGCCAUUGUCAAAUACAGAUGCUACCGGUUGUCUUUCAUGGUUAGAUACCCAAAAAACAAUGUCUGUUGCUUAUAUUAGCUUUGGAACUGUUGCCGGUAUCCCUCCUAAUGAGAUCAAAGAAUUGGCAAAUGCAUUAGAAGAAAGUAAAAUUCCAUUUCUUUGGUCAAUUAGAGAUAAUCUAAGAGAAAAUUUACCAAAUGGAUUCCUUGAAAUGACUAAUUGGCAUGGAAAAGUGGUUUCAUGGGCGCCACAAACUCAGGUAUUAGCACAUAGUUCAGUUGGUGUUUAUGUGACGCACUGUGGAGCUAAUUCUGUGUAUGAGAGUAUGGCAAAUGGUGUUCCAGUGAUUUGUAGGCCAGUUUUUGCUGAUCAUAUGAUAAAUGCAAGAAUAGUAGAGGAGAUAUGGGAGACUGGUGUUAGAGUUGAUGGUGGAGUGUUCACAAAAAAUGGAGUAAUCAAGAAUUUAAAGUUCAUCUUGGAACAUGAAGAUGGGAAAGGACUAAGAAGAAAGGUUAAAGACCUACAAGAGCUUAUUUUGAAAGCCGCUGCUCCAACUGGAAAUGCUGCUCAAGAUUUCAAAAUUUUGGUGGAAAUGCUCUCUUCAAAUUAGUAUCACCUGAACCUGAAUUAACAAUUACCAUAUCAGUUAGUUUGUUUACGGUAUGCAUAAAUAAAUUUCAGAUAGCUUCGGCUCCUCUAUUGAAUUCAGUUAUAUUUGUGCUCUAUAUGUAAUAUUAUAAAGGCUGUACCAAUAAAUUUAGAAAUUUAUUGAAUUUGUCAUAUUCAAUAGAAAAAAAUUUAUCAUA